GCAUUUGCCAUCGCUUUACCCACAGAAAGCCUAUUUAAAAAGGAAAGGGAUGAGUCCAACGCUCCUGACUCCGUAAACCCCCCAUCCAAAAAGAACCCAGCUUUCUCUCCGGCUGCGCGUCCCUCAAUCUGGAUCGGCAUAAAUGAAUGAAACACAGGGGAAUAUCGACAGACAACCGCACAGGAAAACUCUCUGUCAAACCAGCCUGCCAGAAGGAAUUUAUGUCGGGCUUGACAGGCAAUUCAACAUGAGUUUUUCCCUCUGGAAGUUCACCUCAAGCUUGUCAAAUGUGUAAAACGGCGACCGGUGUCUUCUGCUGCCCCCCUUGCAAAGGAGUCACGCUGUGAUUAACGGAUCAGGUUUUUGACUGCCAGGACAAAUGAAUACAAAUGAAUUUAGGUACCCGAAGGAGAGAUUGCAGAACCUCUCAUCUAGACACAAAGAGAGCCCUAUUGCUCUGCACCGUUUUAUAUUGUACUUGUUACCUGGGACUUACACAAGUACACUCUGAAGAUGUGGACAUCCUCCAAAAGUUGGGGCUUAAGGGAGAGAAGCUGUCACGCUCGGUGCCAGCAGGGGUCAUUCCAUUCAGAUCAGGGAUCAUCCUCAACCAGCGGGCGCACAUCGAGGCUCCAUUGCGCUCGGUCUUCCCAGCGGCCAUCUGGCCCAACCUGGCACUGGUCCUGAGUGUGCGCUCACACCGCAUCAACAGUGCUUUCCUCUUCACCCUGCUCUCAGACCGCAGGAAGCUCCUUCUUGGUCUGCAGCUUGUACCGGGCAAUCUUGUCCUUCACACGGGACCAAACACCUCGGUGGCACUGCCCUAUGAGCCCCAUGAUGGUCAGUGGCACCAACUGGCAGUUGGAAUAAAUGGACAGAGAGUGACUCUAUAUGCCUCCUGCGGAGAGCAGAGUGUUCAUGCAGACUUUGGGUGGGACAGUGAGGAGGGACUGGCUCCAGAGCUCCAGAGCUCCUUCCUGCUGGGGCGAACAAGCCAGCAGCAAGCCUCAGCACACUUUGAAGGAGCCAUCUGCCAAUUUGACCUGGUCCCUUCUGCACAGGCAGCUCACAACUACUGCAGGUACAUUAAGAAACAGUGCAGGGAAGCUGACACAUACAGGCCUAACCUUUCUCCUUUGCUGCCAAUCCUACCACAAGAAACAAACAUCACAGCUACCGCUGCUACUCCUAAACGUGGUGGCCAGGAAACAGCCAGGAAGUCCUCGGGUCCGAGCCUUGCCAGGAGUGUUGCCGCCGCUGCCUCGGCUGUCAGAUAUGUAGCCUCCACCCAAACAAUAAAGCCCAACCCAGGGACCAUUCCUACACCCAUGAUGGGCACUGUGAUGCCAGUCACAGUCCAGCUUGGUUUGGCCUCUCCGCCCCUGAGGGCCAGGACCGAAACUGUCACAGCACCACUCAGGACAAGAGCACCCCCUACAAAACCACCAACUCCAAGAAUCUCCACUUCUAAAACUUCAAAUCAGAAACCCUCCAAACCCACUCCCCCAAAGCCCACUCCCCAUAACAGCAACAAAAAGACAGUUGCAAAAACAGACAACAAGAAGAAGCCUACUAUUCCUGCCACUACCAGCACCAAACCAUCCAAGACAAAACCUGACGCCUUAUCCGACCAAGAUGCAGUCCCAAAGAAACCACAACCUACCACAGCCAAGAAAACAUCUCCCAGUCCUAAAGUUAUGACAUCCAAAGCCACUCCAUCCAAACCCAAAACAAAUUCUGUCAAAGUUGUCCCUUCUAAACCAACAAUAUCCAAAGUCAACCCUUCAAAAUCAACAAUCUCUAAAACUGCCAAAACUUCUAAGCCAGUCUCCAAACAGGUCACCAAGCCAACAAAGCAAAUCAAAACAACCAAGGCUCCAGUCACCCUUCCACCUACCAGACCUUCAUACAACACGGUAACACCACCUGCUACUGAUGGCUUCCAGAGCUGGGACGUGCCACCUACUCAGUUCUCCCUACUGGCUGGACCUAUAGGACAAAAAGGAGAACCAGGCCCAGCGGGACUGUCAGGACCUCCGGGGAAGCCAGGCCUGCCAGGCAAGAGGGGUCCUCGGGGCGCUCCUGGUCCCCAUGGAAACCCUGGCCGACCUGGUCCUCCCGGGCUCAAGGGCAGAAAAGGAGACCCUGGCACCUCACCUGGGCCAGCACCUAAAGGAGAGAAGGGAGACCCAGGGAUCAUAGGCCCGGUUGGACUGACUGGACAAGAAGGUCGAAAGGGACAGAAAGGUUACCCUGGUCCACCUGGACUCCCUGGAGAACCUGGUGAACAAGGUCCAGUCGGAAGCCCAGGUGCCAAAGGUUAUCCUGGCAGGCAGGGUUUACCGGGGCCUAUAGGACCAGUGGGGCCUAAAGGCGUUCGGGGUUUCAUUGGAAUCCCGGGGCUUUUUGGCCUGCCUGGGCCUGAUGGCGAAAGAGGAAUUCCCGGUGAACCAGGGAAGAGGGGCAAGAUGGGUAGGCCGGGGUUUCCAGGGGACUUUGGGGAGAGAGGACCACCUGGGCCAGAUGGGGAGCCAGGUGACAUGGGAGCCCCUGGUCCAAACGGAGUUCCUGGACUUAUUGGUGAUAUGGGACCUGUGGGAGAGAUGGGCCUUCCAGGACCUAAUGGACUGAAGGGGGUGCCCGGAAAUCCAGGAGAACCAGGACUGAAAGGUGAUAAGGGUGAAAUUGGGGUCCCUGGAGAGCAGGGGGAGAUUGGGUACAAAGGAGACAAGGGCAUCCAGGGGGCUCCAGGGUUACCAGGCAUUCGUGGGAAACCAGGACCACAGGGCAAGACAGGAGAGAGAGGUCCUGACGGUGCACCUGGACCUCCGGGCCCUGAGGGUUUCCCUGGUGACAUGGGACCACCAGGAGAGAAUGGCCUUGAAGGACCAAAGGGAAAGCAAGGGGCCAGAGGUUUACCGGGGCCUCGAGGGCUGCCUGGCUUGGAGGGAGAUGAGGGCCCGAUCGGACCACCAGGCCCUACAGGACUCGAGGGUAGAAUGGGCAGAAAAGGAUUUCCCGGGAAGGUUGGGCCAGAGGGAGUUAAGGGGGAGCCCGGUGUCACAGGAAAGGUUGGACCUGUGGGAGAAAGAGGCUUGGUGGGUUUCGUCGGGCCUGUGGGAGAAGCAGGACUGGCAGGAGAGAAGGGGGAUCGAGGGGAGAUGGGCCUUCCAGGACCACCUGGAGAAAAGGGAUCAACGGGUCACCCAGGGACACCAGGGGAGACUGGGCCUACAGGACCACCAGGAAGACCAGGCCCUCCUGGAGCGACCGGGCCAGCCGGUACUAGAGGACCCAAAGGCUUGCGGGGAGCGAGAGGGCCGGACGGCCCAACAGGAGAGAUGGGGUUAGAGGGCAAGGCGGGUCUUGAGGGUCCUCCAGGAAAAAUAGGUUUCCCUGGACCACAGGGGAAGAUUGGAGAGGAUGGGGAAACUGGACCAAAAGGUUUUCCUGGUAUCCAAGGGCCCUCAGGACCUCCAGGGGACAAGGGAAUACCAGGCGAGCCGGGACCACCUGGGCCACCGGGGACUGUGGGACUGUUAGGAGAAAUAGGUCAAAAGGGUCCUCCAGGCAAGGUGGGGGAGCCAGGACUACCAGGCGAGCCAGGGGAGAAGGGAGCCAUUGGACCUGCUGGAAACAUCGGAGAGCAGGGACUAAUUGGACAGCGGGGAGAGCCAGGCCUAGAGGGAGAGGCUGGUCCAGCCGGUCCUGAUGGAGCUAAGGGUGAAAAGGGUGACAUGGGUCAGGAGGGCGACAAAGGAGAAAAAGGUGAAAUUGGGCUAAAGGGAAAGGAAGGCCCACCUGGAAGUCCUGGACUCACUGGCGUCAGAGGUCCAGAAGGGAAACCUGGCAAAAUUGGGGAAAGAGGCAAACCAGGGCCAAAGGGUGCCAAAGGUCACAUAGGUCACCUUGGGGAGACUGGGCCAAUGGGGAAGACAGGACCACCAGGUUUUGUUGGGCCAAAGGGGUCCAGAGGAACUAUUGGACACGUGGGAGCUCCUGGUCGAAUGGGGCAACAGGGAGAACCUGGUCUUGCAGGUUAUGAGGGCCACCAGGGACCACAGGGCCCCAUGGGGUCUCCAGGACCAAAAGGUGAAAAGGGCGAGCAGGGGGAUGAUGGGAAAGUAGAGGGUCCUCCUGGUCCUCCAGGUGACAUAGGUCCUCCAGGUGACAGAGGAGAGAGAGGGGAACCAGGGGAUCCGGGGUACAAAGGUCAGAUUGGUGUGGAUGGAGAGAGAGGCAGACCUGGAGCUCCUGGACAACCCGGACAGCCUGGACCUCGUGGGCAACAAGGACACAAAGGGGCCAAAGGAGAUCAAGGUCAGAAAGGCAAAAAGGGUCAGCCUGGACAAAAAGGAAGCAGAGGAACAGAGGGUGGGGGUGGUCCUCCCGGUCCCAGAGGCGUGGUGGGUCGAGAAGGGCAGGAGGGUGUGCCCGGGGUGGAUGGAGUUCCAGGGAAAGAUGGCAGCAAAGGCAUGCCGGGAGAGCAUGGUGAUGAUGGGGAGGCUGGUCUUCCUGGCAAAGCUGGCUCACGUGGUAAAACUGGUGUUCCAGGACUUCCAGGAGAGCAGGGGGCCAUUGGACCAAAGGGUGAGCAGGGUCUUCGAGGCCAGACUGGACCUCCAGGGAAAAGAGGCUUUAGAGGUGGGAUGGGGCUGCCAGGGCCACAGGGAGACCAAGGACCUAAAGGACAACCUGGUGACACAGGGGAACCAGGUUUUCCAGGAAUUCUUGGAGCUUUUGGACCCAGGGGGCCUCCAGGAGACUUUGGGCCAAAGGGCAUACGGGGAACAAAGGGGCCACAGGGCGCAAUGGGCAGAGGAGGAGUAGUUGGUCCAAUGGGAAUUAUUGGUCCCAGUGGAAGUGCAGGUCCUAGAGGAGAGAAGGGUAAUCGUGGAGAAACUGGAUUGCAAGGACCAAGGGGAUCUCCUGGACCUCGUGGACCCCCUGGACUUCCAGGCCCCCCAGGUGUCCCUCCAUCAUUUAAAGAAGAUGGUCUGUUUUUGGAUUCAUACACCUCACUCAGGACUGAGAAUAAGCCAGUGAUGGACCUGCCGAUGUUGGACCAGGGCGCAGAGAUCUUUAAGACCCUCCACUACCUCAGUAACCUGAUCCAGAGCCUGAAGAACCCACUGGGCACUCGGGACAACCCCGCCCGCAUCUGCAGGGACCUGCACAGCUGUGAACAGAAGUUAAACGAUGGCACUUAUUGGAUUGACCCCAACCUGGGCUGUUCGUCAGAUACAAUAGAAGUCUCCUGCAACUUUACUGGAGGUGGACAGACUUGCCUGAAACCAAUAACCGUAUCCAAGCCAACAAUCAGCGUCGGUCGUGUCCAGAUGAACUUCCUGCACCUGUUGAGCUCAGAGGGCGUGCAGCACAUCAUCAUUCACUGCCUGAACAUCCCAGUUUGGAGGCUGGCUGAGGAUCAGCCGGCUGCCCAGGGGUCUGUGAGAUUCAAGGCUUGGAGUGGGGAGGUAUUUGAGGUGGGAGGAGAACUUGAGCCAGAGGUCAUUGAGGACUCCUGCUGGAUAAAAGAUGGCCGCUGGCACCAGACCCAUUUUGUGUUCCACUCCCUGGACCCCGCCCUGCUCCCUGUGGUCGAUAUCUACAACCUCCCGAACUCCACUCCCGGCUCACAUUACCACCUGGAGGUAGGUCCUGUGUGCUUCCUGUGAGGGCUGCAGUGUAAGUCCUCUGACCAUGGUGGGAUGGAUGACACCUUCAUGCGG